CCGCGACUUAAAUAGAGGCUGUGUUUUGUCAACAGCUCAUUCUGCUGGCCGGCAGGUUGGCUGGCUCGAGGACUGAGCAGUGGAACUGACCAGCUUGUUGGAAGAUGACGUUUACUCCUGCUUAAAGCUGCUAUUCUUAAAACAAACAGUAGAAGAAUGUGGAAGAACUCAAGCCUCCGCUGCCUUUUAGCACUAGCUAUUUUAUUUUUAAGAAGCAUAGUGUAUGGCCAAGAGAUAGACUCUCCAGGGGACCCCCAGAAUUUGAAAUGUGUAACGCACAACUUACAUAAAAUGCUCUGUACUUGGGAUGUCUCUUAUAGAGGAAGACAUGGACAAACUGACUUUUGCUACACUACCAAUGACCUUACCCCUCAAGUCUGUUUUAAAACUAAGGAGAGAAGAGUUGAGAUUCCAAUCCCAGAGAGCUCCAUCACAGUGACAAUCAAAAGCUCUGGAACUGCUUUUGCUACCAGAGAAUUUGUAAUUCACCAGAAAGACAUCUCCUUUGUUCCUGUCACUCCACACAUUCUUAGUUUAAUGCCUGACUUUCCAACUUCCACAUUGAAUCUGAAGUGGAGUGAUAAUGGAUCGGUCUUCCCAUAUGGACUGGAUGCCCUUUGGCAGAUUCAGAUACUCCGAAAAGAAGCUAUGGAAGUAGUCACACAAGUUACUUACUACUCAAAACUGACUCAUGAAGAUGCCAUUCUUUCUUGGAGCUGGACAUCAGAUAUGCCUUUGGAGUGCACAUCACACUAUGUGAAGAUUCGCUGUUACAUUAAUGCAACACAGUUUGUUGGCCCCAAGGAUUGGAGUGCCUGGAGCCCAGCAAAAGUGAUCCCUGGAAAAGAUACCGAGCCUGGUGGAAGUGGAGUGUUUCCUCUGGACCGUGUGGUGGCAGUAGGUUCAGAUUUGGUGUUUUGUUGUGUCCAUGAAGAAGAUGAGCACAUAAAAAAUAUGACUUAUGGAUCAAAAUCCUAUACAAUGACACAACUGAGCCGUCGAAGCCAUGCCAUCAGAGUGCUAAAUGCCAGUGUUUCAAAUGCCAGCGGAACAAAUGUAGUGUGCAGACUCAAACAUGGGUUGGAAGGAAGUGUCGUGUUUGUAGGAUAUGCUCCUGAUAUUCCCCAAAACCUCAGCUGUGAAACACCCAACUUUCUGAUAAUAAAAUGCACCUGGAAACCAGGCAGGCCCAGUGGAUUAUAUGGAGAACGAAGAACAAAGUACAGUUUAUUUGAAAGAACAUCUGGUAAAAAUGUUUCAUGCGAAGUCAAUGAAGUGAACAGAGACCAUGUUUGUGGCUUUCCAGUACUGCCUGAUCAAAAAACCUAUGAUUUCAUAUUAGGUGUCUCCAAUCCUAUCGGGCAAGCACAGUCAUCUCUUUUGGUCAAUAUAACUCAAAGAGUUCAUCCGAAAGCUCCAGAAAAGUUAACUAUUACUGGGAACAACUCUACAAGCAUCCAACUGCGUUGGUUUGUAAAUGGCAGCUUUGCUGAGACCAGGCUUCUGUGUCAAAUUGAAAUUAGCAGUAGUCACUCUGAGAGAAAACUGCACAAUGUCUCCGUGCCUGGGCGGAAAUCUUCAACUUACACAGCUCAGCUGAAUGCAUUGCGCCCUGACACCAAAUACCAGCUCCGGGUGCGCUGCUCGGCCGCUGACCACUUCUGGAGGUGGAGUGACUGGAGCAGGGCGGUGGAGCAGACCACAUCAGAAGCCCCUCCUACAAGAGGACCGGAUAUCUGGAGAGAGAGAAGUCCUUCUGGUGAAAGCGUAAUAGUCUUCUGGAAGCCCUUAUCCCUUUCUGAAACCAAUGGAAAAAUAGUGUCUCAUGAAGUGUCCUGCCACCUGCUAGAGAGACUACUGGAGCGUAAAGUAGUCUCUGAACCCUCAAACAGUACUGAGAUAAAACUUGGAAAAAGUGACUGUGUAAUUAGCGUUGUAGCCAGAAACCAUGCAGGCUCAUCUCCCCCUUCAAGGAUAACAAGUGUGGAACUUCCAAGUGAUAAUGUCACAACAGAUCAGGCCGUGGCAAUGGGCAAUGGAAUUAAUAUUUCUUGGGAUUCUUACCCCAACAUGACGUGUGGCUACAUAGUAAAAUGGUGUCAUUCAUCUGGGUCUGAACCCUGUAGUGUGGACUGGCAGAAGUUUCCAUCAAAUACAACAAAUGCAGUGAUAAAAUCUGCUCUCUUCAAACCUGGCGUGAGAUACAACUUUUCUCUGUAUGGCUGCAAAUCCAUGGGAUAUCAGUUGUUGAAAAACAUAACUGGGUAUAUGAAAGAGCUGCCUCCAAAAACUGCACCAAAUUUUAUUGUUGAAGAAACUUCUUCAGAUUCUAUCUUGGUAAAAUGGGAGGACAUUCCUAUUGAAGAAUGCCGAGGAUUUCUAAAAGGAUAUCUUCUUUCCUUUGCAAAAGGUGAAAAAGAUGCUUUAAAGCCUAGACUUUCAGAAUCAGGGAAUCCGGAACUUAAAGUUAACAAUAUCACUGACUUAACAAAGAAGUCUAUGAAAAUACUUGAUCUUCAAGGCAAAACGAGUUACCAGCUGGAACUACAAGCCUACACUGCUGGUGGAUUGAGCCCUCCAAACAGCCUCUAUGUGGUGACAAAGGAAGACUCUGUAGGAUUAAUCAUUGCAAUUCUCAUCCCCGUUGCAGUGGUGGUGCUGCUUGGAGUGUUGGCCAGCAUCUUCUGCUACCGAAAGAGGGAAUGGAUUAAAGAAACAUUUUAUCCAGAAAUCCCAAAUCCUGAGAACAGUAAGGCACUGCAGUUUCAGAGGAACAUCUGUGAGGGGAAUAAGACACUUAAAACACUGGAAAUGAACCCGUGCACCCCCAACAGUGUUGAAGUGGUGGAAACACAGUCCGCAGCUCCAAAGAUUGAAGACACAGAGAUGAUGUCCCCAGCAGCAGAGACCACUGUGCCUGAAGAUGGCUCUGACUCAGAAAUGGAAAACCACGUUGUUGUCUCCUACUGCCCCCCUAUCAUUGAAGAGGAGAUCUCAAAUCCCCCUACAGAUGAACCUGGGGGGUCAUCUCAGGUGGUUUACAUUGACAUCCAGUCAAUGUAUCAGCCUCAAAUUAAACCAGAGGAGGAGCCAGAAAUAGACUUAGUGACUACAGCAGGCUAUAAGCCACAAAUGCAACUCUCUAUCAGUGCUCUGAAAAUAGAGGGCCAUUCACCUGUGGAGGAAGAAUUGGAUAAAACUGCAGGUUACAGACCUCAAGCAAACACAAAUGCGUGGAACAUGGGCACUCCAGACUCUCCUGGAUCAGUUGAAAGCAACAAUGAAAAUGCAUCUUUUGGGAGCCCAUGUUCAAUUAAUUCCCGACAGUUUCUGCUUCCCCCAAAAGAUGAUGAAGACUCUCCUAAACCCAUUAACACAGGGUGGUCCUUCACACACUUUUUUCAGAACAAACCAAAUGAUUAACAGUGAGUCCUCAUUGCACGUGAACCUGCCUUCUGAAUAAGCUUUUAUGCCUGGUAUUGUUAAGAAAGGAAGAAGAAAAGUGCAAAAGGCAUGAAUUAUUCUUGGAGACAGUCAGCAGAAGUUCUAGUGAUCUGAAUGUUACCAUGUUUAAGUUAGUCAAAGUGUUAAUAUUCCAUUGUAAUAGAGGCUGAGAGGCCAAAAUUAUAGCAAUUUAGUUAUUAGUCUAGUAAAAUAUAUUGGAUAUAAGGGGUUUUGAAUUUACAGUCCCUGAUAAUUAUAGUCAAAGAGCUCUGCCUACCUUCCCACAGUGCUCCAAGAUAAACAUGGUCUCAUGCAAUUUAUAACUUGGAAAGAUUGCUUUGCUUUGUUGUAGUUGUUCUCAACUGUGCAGACUCAAAUGAUGCAGCACCAACAAAUUUCCUUACUGAAGGUUUAAUUUAUAGCAAAUCUCAGCCUAAGACUCAGAAACAAUGUGUCUGGAAACUGUUGAGAUCUUUUACCUAGUUAUAAACAAUGAACAAAUGAGAGUGCAAUUUUUUUGUCUUCUCCUGUAUGGAAGGUUAUUGUCACUGUUUAACACUUACAAAGCAAUGGCCGUUCAAAUCUGUUGCUUUUUGACUAGACACUAAUUUCUGUACCUACUGUACAAUGUUUAUUAAAUGUUUGACUCAGGGGUACAAACUUGGGGAAAAGAAGUGUAACACUGAUUGAAACCUCAACAAGAACUGCAUAAAGUUUAAAACUUCCUUUUUUUAAAAAAUACCUUAGAAUGCUCUAUAUUUUUUCAAUCUUUUGGUUAAAGAGUUAAUCUUGCCUAAUGUAUUGCACUAAUACAUUUUGUAUUUCAUAGCUUCUGCUCCAGGUCUCUGCUUUGAAGUGGUACAGUAGUCCAUUCACCCUCAGUGUUUAGCAGUCUUUGCACUAUGCAGUAAUGUAAGCCAUGGGGAAAUCUCUGUCUACUCACCUUAGCUGCUGAAGCAGUUUGGCACAUGAAAUUAGAGGUAGUAGGACUAGGUCCUUGAGGAGAAAUUGCUUUUUGGAUGAUCUUUAUUGUAUUAGCUUUGUAUUACCUGCUGCCUGACUGAUCUUUGAUCUUAUGUGUCAACCCAACAGGACCUUCUAUACAAAUCCUACCUGGGAGUACAAGGUAGGAUUUCUCUAGUGGCAGGGAGAAACCCAGGGAGGUUCUAGUGCCACUAAUUCUACCUCUCCUUUACCAGAUAUGUGAUGCAAAGAAAGCUUAAAUUAUGUACAUUUGUGUGCUUAAAGGAGUGUUUAGAACAAUCAUCUUUUAAAAUGCUUGUUUUCCCAUGUGCAUCUCUAGACAACUGUAACUGUAACAUUUCACUGUGUAAAUUUCAGGCUGUGGCAUACAUGAAUUUCACUAGCUUACAGGAGUAACUUUUGAGAAAUUUACCUGUUUCUUGCUGUAAAAGUGGGGAGGCAUCAGAUGAGCUUGAUC